UGAAAAUGCUGGCUGUUUUUUUGAUGGUACUAUUUACUGCAGAUGUUAUCAAACCAGCAACCACUUUGGUAUGCCAUUGUGAUGAAUGUGAGUCAAACUUAACUUGUACUACAACUGAGGAUGGAGCUUGUUGGGUUGGCAAAGAUAAACUAUAUCCAUACYCCAUUAGCAGAGAUUGCUUUAACUGGCUUGAAAAUGUUAUUGAUUGUGAUCCAGAUGCAGACUUGAGGGAUGARUAUGACUACAGGUGUUGUUACACAGACAUGUGUAAUGAUAACAAAUUGGUAAAUGUCACUAAUGCACCUGCCAAAACAAAAGCUACACCACAAAAAGCUUCAGAAAGAAGUACUCAGUCGUCUUCUACACCAAAUCACCGAUUGCAGUUAAYCGUUUUCUUCUGUGUUUGUGGAGCUGGAGUCAUUGUGCUUCUAUCUGUUCUAUUACAUCGACGCUUUUGUGUUUGUGAAAAUCCACCAAGAGACGGCCCUCAGGCUCCACAAUCAAUUGAACAUGGGAUUGUAACCGAUCCAUUUUCAAGCACUGCCUCAGCUAUGACCUGCAUGACACAGCGUACAAUCGCACAAGAGGUUUCUAUCUAUAAUGUGAUUGGUGGGGGGCGAUUUGGUAAGGUUCAUAAGGGAAUAUGGAGAGGGGAUGUUGUAGCCGUGAAGAUAUUUAAAACUACGGAGCAGGAAGCYUGGGAACGAGAAAUAGAGGCAUAUUCUAAAUACUAUCURCACCACAGGAAUAUCUUGGGAUUUAUAGGUUCUGACUGCAAAGAUGACUUGAUGCAGAUCCAGUUAUUGAUUGUAUUUGACUACCACGAGAAUGGAUCCCUAUAUGACUACCUUCAAAGUGCUACACUGUCAGUAGCAGAGCUUCUUUCAAUGGUUAUUUCCAUUGUUGAUGGUCUKUGCUAUCUGCAUACAGCAAUAAUCGGACAACAAGGAAAGCCGGCUCUGGCCCACAGAGAUAUCAAGUCGAAUAAUAUCCUUGUCAAGAAAGAUGGAAGCUGCUGUAUUUGUGAUCUUGGAAAUGCAAUCUGUAGAAAUAAUGCCAAGACCCUUGAUCUCCUUCGUCUUGGUACAGCGCGUUACCUUUCCCCCCAGUAUCUGAACUAUGACGAUGUAAGUGUACUGUCCUUUCAAGUUCAUCAAUCAUCCGAUAUAUAUGCCUUUGGUCUUGUUAUCUGGGARAUAAUGCGYCGUUGUAAGACGAUUAAUGGGGUUACAGAACCUUACGAGGUCCCUUACUACGACAAACUUCCUCGAUGCCCUAAUGUUCACGAUGUAAGGGACGUUGUUAUUGUGCAAAAACUGCGACCAGUGAUCUCGGAUAGAUUCACCGAUGAUGAGACAAUGUUAAAACUGAUCAAAAUCGUCAAAGAAUGCUGGGCUGAGAUGCCWGCGGGAAGACCCACAGCGCUAAGGAUAAAGAAAACAUUAAAGGCCCUAAGAAAUGACUACCUUUAG